AUGAUCUUUAAAAACCUAUCAAAACUAUCUCCAAUUUCCAAUCAUGGAGCCAAUCAAAAUGUAACAGUCCAAAGUUAUUCAGAUGUAUUAAGUGAUUUUGUUAAUUCCAUUGCUUGUAGACGUCGUCGUGGAUGUUGUGGUCGUGGUAACAACAUUGAUAUUGAUAUCGAUAUUGAUAUUUGUAUUGACAAUGCUUUUGGUGGUCGUGGUGCUCGAAAUGGAUGGUGGUAA